UUUAUUUAUUGGUGUUUAAUUUCCUGCCAGGCGGGUCUCCCUCCCUCCCCGCUUCCCCACCCCUCUGCAGGCAGCGGGGCUGGCUGGAGCAGCGGCAGCCUUGGCUUGGAGGGAGGGAGGAUGGGUGGGGGGCCAGGUGGGCUGCUCCUCUCCGCGCUGUACCUGAGCUGAGCUUCUCCAGAGACUUUUAUUUAUUGGGGGCGCGGGGGGAGGGGAGGAAGGCAGGGGCGGGAGGUGGUUGCUAUUUUGGAUGCAAAGAUCUGGGGACAGGAAAACCGCACACACAGACACACACACACACACACACACACACAGACACUGAAACCAAGGACAACCCCAGAAAGGACUCACUUUGCCUUGAUGACUCAACGCAACUAAUAAUCAUUUCUCUCCUCUCGCUGUGGCGAGUCCCUCCUGCUCCUCCUGCUGCUGCUGCUGGCAGAGGAGGGAGCGAUUGAAAGUGACACAUCGGGGGCUGCCGCCUCUUCACCGCGAUCACAAGCGCCCGCUUCCCGGCUCCUCCUGCUGCCGCUUCUCCUCCCGCUGCCCGGGAUAGCGGCCCCUUUAGACGCGGCCUCCCUCCCCUUCGCCACCCCCUCUCUCCCCCGCGAUUGAUUUUCUCCGCCGAAGGUGUGAGAAGUCGGGCCUCUCUCUCUCUCCCCCCUCGGAGCCAGUCGCCUCACCUCUCCCCCCACCCCCGUUCACUCCCCCGGCUGCCCUCUUUGGAAGGGGCUCUGACUCGUGACAGCCAGCUCUGCCCAAGAAGACACCCUGACCCGGGACCUUAAAGCUCGGACUCUAGGAAAAGGAAAAGGGGGGUCAGCUGGGUGGGGAGGGGGGAAGGAAGUAGAAAGGAAGAAAACACCAACGUAAAAGGAGGAAACAAGAAAACUUUCCACCCUGGAUUCUCUACUUUUGAUCCAUGGACAGAGCCCAACUCAGCCAACUUACAGACAGACUAUAAGCAGUCCUUGUUCAUUUUACUGUGAUCUGCCUGUGGGAACUUUGUCUCCAAGUCAAAGUAGCAUGGAGCGGAGAAGUGAGAGUCCCUGUCUAAGGGAUAGUCCAGACAGAGGGAGCGGCAGCCCUGAUGUCAAAGGUCCUCCCCCAGUGAAGGUGGCCAGGCUUGAGCAGAAUGGCAGUCCUAUGGGAACCCGAGGGAGGCCCAAUGGCUCUGUGACCAAAUCAGUGGGAGGUUUGAUGAUUCCUGUCUUUUGUGUGGUGGAGCAGUUGGACACCUCCCUCGAAUACGAUAAUCGAGAGGAGCAUGCAGAGUUCGUUCUGGUUCGCAAAGAUGUCCUCUUUAGCCAGCUGGUGGAGACGGCACUCCUGGCUCUGGGGUAUUCCCACAGUUCUGCAGCUCAGGCACAAGGAAUAAUCAAACUUGGGAGGUGGAACCCUCUGCCCCUCAGUUAUGUGACCGAUGCACCAGAUGCGACAGUAGCCGACAUGCUACAAGAUGUCUAUCAUGUUGUGACAUUGAAAAUCCAAUUACAAAGUUGUUCAAAGUUGGAAGACUUGCCAGCAGAGCAGUGGAACCAUGCCACAGUCCGCAAUGCCUUAAAGGAACUGCUUAAAGAGAUGAAUCAGAGCACAUUAGCCAAAGAAUGCCCUCUCUCCCAGAGUAUGAUUUCAUCCAUUGUAAAUAGCACAUACUAUGCCAAUGUAUCAGCAACCAAGUGCCAGGAGUUUGGGAGAUGGUAUAAAAAGUACAAGAAGAUUAAAGUGGAAAGAGUGGAAAGAGAAAACCUAUCAGACUAUUGUGUUCUGGGUCAGCGUCCCAUGCACUUACCAAAUAUCAACCAACUGGCAACCUUGGGAAAAACUAAUGAACAAUCUCCUCACGGCCAAAUUCACCACAGUACUCCAAUCCGAAAUCAAGUGCCAACAUUGCAGCCAAUCAUGAGCCCUGGUCUCCUGUCUCCUCAGCUCAGUCCACAACUGGUAAGGCAGCAGAUAGCAAUGGCCCACCUGAUAAACCAACAGAUUGCUGUAAGCCGGCUAUUGGCUCACCAACACCCACAAGCUAUCAACCAACAGUUCUUGAAUCAUCCACCCAUCCCUAGAGCUGUCAAACCAGAGCCAACGAAUUCAUCAGUGGAAGUCUCUCCAGAUAUUUACCAGCAAGUCAGGGAUGAGCUGAAGAGAGCCAGUGUGUCCCAAGCUGUCUUUGCAAGAGUGGCAUUCAACCGCACCCAGGGAUUGCUGUCAGAGAUCCUGCGUAAAGAAGAAGACCCUAGGACAGCUUCCCAAUCCCUCCUGGUAAACUUGAGGGCAAUGCAGAAUUUCCUCAACCUGCCUGACACAGAGCGGGAUCGUAUAUAUCAGGACGAGAGAGAGAGAAGUAUGAACCCCAAUGUGAGCAUGGUGUCUUCGGCAGCCAGCAGUCCGAGUUCUUCCAGAACCCCCCAGGCCAAAACCUCAACACCGACAACAGACCUCCCCAUUAAGGUGGACGGCGCCAACGUCAACAUCACAGCUGCCAUUUAUGACGAGAUCCAACAGGAGAUGAAAAGGGCCAAGGUGUCUCAGGCCCUGUUUGCCAAAGUGGCUGCCAAUAAAAGUCAGGGAUGGCUGUGUGAGCUGCUCCGCUGGAAAGAGAACCCAAGCCCAGAAAACCGCACCCUCUGGGAAAACCUCUGCACCAUCCGCCGCUUCCUGAACCUUCCCCAGCACGAGAGGGAUGUGAUCUAUGAGGAAGAGUCCAGGCAUCACCACAGCGAGCGCAUGCAGCAUGUUGUCCAGCUCACUCCUGAGCCUGUGCAGGUCCUGCAUAGACAGCAGUCCCAGCCUGCAAAGGAAAACACACCUCCAAGAGAAGAGGCCCCACCUCCACCUGCUGAGGACAGUUGUGCCAAAAAGCCAAGAUCCCGUACCAAGAUAUCCUUGGAAGCUUUAGGCAUCCUUCAAAGUUUUAUCCAUGAUGUAGGCCUGUAUCCUGACCAGGAGGCCAUUCACACUCUGUCCGCUCAGCUGGAUCUGCCCAAACACACGAUCAUCAAAUUCUUCCAGAACCAGCGUUACCACGUAAAGCACCACGGGAAGCUAAAAGAGCAUUUGGGAACAGUGGUUGAUGUGGCAGAGUACAAAGAUGAGGAGCUGCUGACUGAAUCAGAGGAGAAUGACAGUGAAGAAGGCUCCGAGGAAAUGUAUAAAGUGGAACCGGAAGAGGAGAAUCCUGACAAAAGCAAGGCAACUCCUUCAGAAAUUGACCAGAGAUAAUGUGAGCCCAUGAUACAGAAAGCAAUACAUUGAUCCAAGGAUUUUCUGUUUAUUUUUAUUAAUUUGUUUUUUCCCCUCUUUUUGCAUUUGUUGUUGUUAUUUCUGUUGCACACGAUCCGUGUGAAAACUGAAUGAAUUCAGCAUCGUCCAAUUAAAACAUCACCUUGACACAGACACUUGAGUGUUACACUUCUACGUUUGACUGAGAUAAUAGUUGUAAUCACAUAGGAUUAUGCCUGUUUUAAUCUUGCAUUUAUGAAAGGGACAUCUAGCAAGUUAACAGGAAGAAAAAGACCUAUGAAAUCAAUGAAGGAAAAUUUACAGCUGUGUGUGUGUGUGUAUAUGUGUGUGUGUGUGUGUGUGUGUGUGUGUGUGUGUGUGUGU